AUGUCCACCCAUACUUACAAAAAGUUCGAGGACAUCGACUCCGGCACGCUGCCGGACAAAAUGACCGUGUACCAGGAGUGUUUGCAGGCGUUCAAUGCCAGUCCGAUCCAAGCAAAACGGUGCAGAUUGUUGUUGUCACGGCUGUUAAGACUCCUGUAUGCCGGCGAGACGUUCCCCAAAACAGAGGCCACCAACUUGUUCUUUUCCACCUCCAAGUUGUUCCACCACAACGAUGGUUCUCUCAGACAACUGGUCUACUUGGCUAUCAAGGAAUUGUGUUCAUUGUCGGACGAUAUUUUGAUGGCGACGGCUUCGAUCAUGAAAGACAUCCAAGGAGGUGAUAUUCUAUACAAGCCUAAUGCAGUGAGAACACUUGCGCGUGUUUUGGACGGUAGUACCAUUCAUGCUGCUGAGAGAGCAAUGAAGAACUGUGUUGUGGACAAAAAUCCAAACGUUUCGUCCGCUGCUCUUGUUUCGUCGUACCACCUCCUUCCAGUUGCUAAAGACGUCGUCAGAAGAUGGACAAACGAGACACAGGAGGCAAUCACUUCCAACAAAGUGUUCCCACAAACUCAGUAUGCUAUGCAUGAGCAUUACGGUGUUAACAAGCUUUUGACAGCAACCUACACCUACCAAUAUCACGCGUUAGGAUUGUUGUACCAUUUGAGAGACCACGACAAAAUGGCGCUAAUGAAGAUGAUCCAACAAUUCAACACACAACAGCCGCUGAAGAGCUCUCUUGCCACGGUCCAAUUGAUCAGAUACGUUGGAAAAUUGAUCGAAGAAGACUCACAUCUCACCCAAACUUUGUGGCCAUUCUUCCCAGGUUGGUUGAAGAACAAGAGUGACAUGGUUGAGUUGGAAGCAUCUAGGACCAUCCUUUCUUUGCCUAAGUUCUUGCCAGAGCAACAGAUGCAAGCCAUCAACACUCUUCAAACAUUGCUGAGUGUCCCAAGAACUGUGACUCGUUUCGCAGCAGUUAGAAUUCUUAACAAGAUUGCUAUGAAGAGUCCAGAGAAAAUCAUGGUGUGCAACCUGGAGCUCGAGUCCUUGAUCAACGACUCGAACAGAUCAGUGUCCACAUACGCUAUCACCACUCUGUUGAAAACAGGAAAUUCUGAAAACGUCGAUAGAUUGGUCAAGACUAUCAGUGGAUUCAUGGAUGACAUUUCCGACGAGUUCAAGAUCAUUGUUAUUGAUGCCAUUAGAACUCUGUCAUUGAAAUUCCCAGAUAAGCACAAAUCGAUGUUGAACUUCUUGAACGAUGUGUUGAGAGACGAGGGAGGAUUCAACUUCAAAAAUUCUAUUAUUGAGGCCAUUUUCGAUAUCAUCAAGUUCAUUCCUAAGUCCAGAGAGCUUGCCUUGGAGAUGUUGUGCGAAUUCAUUGAAGACUGUGAAUACACAGAAUUGGCUGUCAGAGUUUUGCAUCUUUUGGGAGAUGAGGGUCCUAAAACUUCCAAUCCAACACUUUACAUUAGACACAUUUACAACCGUGUUGUGCUAGAAAACUCGAUUGUCAGAUCUUCAGCCGUCAUUGCUUUGUCGAAGUUUGCUUUAAUCGGAGAUCAGUCCAUCACCAAGAGCAUCAAAAUUCUUUUGAAGAGAUGCUUACAGGAUGUUGAUGACGAGGUUAGAGAUAGAGCUGCUUUGUCUUUAAAAUUAUUGUCUACCAAGGACAUUGAACAGGCCAAAAGCUUCAUUGCUCCAACUUUCAAAUACUCUCUUCCAAUUUUGGAACAGCAGUUGGCUCUAUACGUCAGUAACGCUGACAAGGAGACAUUUGUGCAUCCAUUCGACAUCAAGGCUAUUCCAACAAUGACCGAGGAGGAGGCCAAGGCUGCUGAAUUCAAGGAGAAGACCACUAUCUACGAAGAACCAGUUGCUCAGGCUGCAGACAACUCUUCAGAGGAAGAGAAGGUUUCCGAGUCCGCCAGACACACUCUUUUGCAACAACAGUACGCUCAAGAGUUUGCUGCUAUUCCGGAAAUUGCAGCUUACGGACAGCUUUUGCAUUCAUCCAGUGUUGUGGAACUGACCGAAAAGGAAACCGAAUUUGUGGUGACCGCUGUCAAGCACAUUUUCGAGAGCCACGUUGUGAUUCAGUACGACGUGAAGAACACGUUGAGCGAAAUCCAACUGGAAGACGUUUCUGUGGUGGCCCAACCAGAAAACGAGGAGUACACGGAGGAAUUCCUCAUGCCAAUCGACGUUUUGAAAAUCAACUCGAGUGGAUCAAUUUACGUCUCUUUCAACAGACCAGAAGGUACUGUGCCUACCUCCAUUGCAAACACCCUAUCUUACACCACAAAGGAUGUCGAUCCGGCUACUGGUGAAGCUGCUGAGGACGAGGAAGGAUUCCCAGACGAGUAUCAAAUUGAAGACUUACCUGUGGUUCCUGGCGACUUUAUUGUCCCAGCAUUUACUGGUAACUUCACACACGCAUGGGACGAGUUGGAGCAUGAGAACGUCGCUGUUUUCAAUCUUGGAGAUGCUGCCACAACCGAUUUGCAGGAUGUGGUGACCAAGCUGAUCAAGACCAUGUCCAUGAUGCCAGCAGAAUCGACCGAUCUAGUCACAUCAAGCUCGAGUCAUACUCUUAAGCUGUUUGGUAAGAGCAUCGGUGGAGACAAGGUUGCUGCUAUUGUGAGGUUGGCAAGCAGUUCGAAAGGUGUGAUGAUGAAAAGUCAGGUGAGAUCGAGCGAUGACGAGUUGAGCCAGAUGGUGGCCAAUUAUAUUGAGUAA